AUGAACACGAAACUGCACGACUAUCCCCCUAUCGCUACAAUGGCCAGCACCAGCACAUACAGACAACACCAGCCUGUGUCACCAGCGUGGAGCCACAGCUCGCUUGCAUCAGAUGUCACCGUCGAGUCUUUCAAAGCCGAGUCCUUCUCCUCCGCUGAAGGGUCCCCGGAUUGGCCGUCACCAAAGAUCUCAGGCUUCCGUGCUUUCUCCCUCAACACGGGAGAGAGGUUACUGUCACUGCCGCGUCUGCCCGAGCUCGAUCUCAUCAGCCUCGAGACACUCGCCUCUCAUUAUGCCAGAUCCUCAGCAGACUCUCGCCUCCACAACAACGACGCACUGACAAGGCAUCCUCGUCUGGAUGUCGAUGCUGCCAGCACGUACAGGAGACACUUCCAACCCCCGACGCCGCUCUCACCCAUGUCCUCACCCCACAGGAUUCAGAAGCCGAAACGGAAUCCACCAGCCCGCGGCACCCGCUGCAAUGUCAAGUACACCAUUGAGCAGAAGGACUUUAUUGAUUACUGGCGCAUCGACCGCCACGACCGCGAGACGCCUUGGGACGACGUCAACCGCGAGUACAACGCCCAGUUCAAAGGCCCGCUGCGUCGCAACGGCGGCCUCCAAAGCGCAUACUACCGCGAGAACAAGAAGAUUCCUGUGACCGAUGCUCAAGGACUUCUUGUUUUCGACGAGUUUGACGAGGUCAAGACGAUUGAGUUGCCCGUACGUGACGCCAAGGCUCGUCUCAUCAAGAGCAUUGGCCUGCUCUCAACGCAUCCGGAGCGGGCCAUUCACUACUCGUGGGUGAGCAAGGAACACAAGCGUAAAGUCUGGAGGAUCGGCCAUGAGAGACAAGCGCAGCUCGACGCCUCCAUGCAGAGGCAGCGGCGGCGCGCCGAGAUGGAGGCGCGCCUCGCGAGGGGCCAGGAGCAGCAUUCCGCGCAGGUUGCCGACGAUUGUGCCGUUAGAAGUCGGCUCUGA